AUGUUUGAGGAUGGAGCAUGCCAACAUGUUAAUAAACUAGGAAAUGAGAUUGGAUGGAAAACAAUGGAAAAAGAUGACUGGAUAUAUUAUCCUCAGCAAUAUAUUAAUAUAUCAAUGACUGCAGUUACAGCAUCUUUUGCACUUGUUGGAGGUUGUUGCGCUCCUAAUAGGCUUAAGGAUACUGGAUUUAUAUACGAAGAUGAUGGAAGUACUUAUUCUUCAUCAGGAAACAAAAUAGUUCGUAUUUCAGAUCGUCCUAUAGUACAAAAUAUUACAGUAACAGGCUGGUAUAUGAAGAAGUUUGUAGAUGAUCAUGCUAUGAAUCUUACUAUUAUCCCAUCUAUUCAUCAUCCAGACAAACAGUCUAUCUUUUAUGAAAUCGUAGCAUUUGAUAGAGCCAUGUUAAUCAAUUAUCAGUUUUUUGAUUAUCAAAAUAAAUUGAUAGGAAAUUAUUCAAGUGGUGUUUUAAGAAAUGUGAUUACAAUUCCUGAUAUUACUUUACCAAGAUAUACACGCCGAAUAUCUGUGGAGUUUUAUGGGUCUAGAGCAGAUCCAAUGUGCUUUUCAUAUCUUUAUGCUGGUCUUUAUGUUUAUAAGCCUUUUACUACAUUAGCUAGAAUAUGCGCUCAAAUUGCCACUGUAUUACAAUAUGUAUCAUUAAUUAAUUUCAUUUUGGUACCUAUCCUUUUUGCUAUCAUGUCUUUAGUAUCUGAUUUUAGUUUUCCACCGCCAAUAAGAUUCCUUUGUAGAACACCUUCACAUAAAAUACUAAUGUGUAUUGUAAUCAUGUUAGGAUCAUUUAUUUUUAAUCAAGCAUGGAAUAUUAUUAAUUCUCAAUCAAGUAUAUUUCAUGAAUGGCUUCCUCGUGCUGCAAAGAUUGUUGGAGCCUACACUACUUGUACCUUAUUUGGUCUUCGCUUUUCACUUGACCUUCCAUCCUAUGUUAUUACUUAUGCUCGUAAUUUGCCUUUUUUAAUCAUUAAUAUGCUAGCAGCUAUUCCUACGUUUAUAGCUUACUGUAGUGUUUUAAUUUAUUUCGUGACUCGAUUUAUUACCUACCAGUCAUGUGUUGUCUGUCAUCUUCAAUUUCUAGAGGUACAAGACAUAGAAGAACGUUAUGUUAAAGAACUUAUGAAACCUAAAAAGACUAAAAAAGUGCCAUCUGCUUUAUUUGAUAUUUUAUGGGAUUUAUUCACGAUACAUAUUUGGGAAAAAAAUCUUUCCUAUUGGAUUAAAUACAGUAUUCAACCCAAGUUCUUAAAAAAGUAUGCAAGGAAAUUAUUUGGUAUUCUUGAACAUAUUAGAAUACCAUUUGCAAUAAAGACUUCAUUAACACUCUUACUUUACUGUUUGGCACAAUUGAUUCCUUUAUUAUUGACUCAGCUUAUUGGAGUUGGUGGUAUUGUACCCAUUCAUAUCUGUAGUUGGUCACCCUAUCUAUCUCAAUUUCAAUAUCAUCCUGAUCCAAUGCAAUUCGCUAUUAAAACAUUUAUGCUGAUGCAAAUUGCAGUUUAUAUUGCUACUUUGGGUGCUGGUGGAUUUUGUAUGAUCUAUGCUUUAGGUGUCCUUCGUCGCUUUACAAAAGAUAUUCUUCGACUUCGACAGGGAGAUUAUUUCUUAUUUAAAGGGAAAAGAAAUAAUGGUAUUGAUAUAGAUGACUCUAUUCGAUUCCUUGGUGUAUUUAUUGGUUUUGGAUUUACAGGAACACUUUAUUUCAUGUUAGAAAUCAGUUUAAUCGGUACCUUUAUUACAGCUGUUAUUCAACUUGAUCGAUUCCGAGAUCUUUUCUUCAAAAGAGUAGGUUAUGGCGUCUUUUUUGCAAGUUUCUUCAUCGCUAUCAUUGUACAAAUGAUUCAAAAGCGAAUUACAAAUUUAAUUUUUAUUGAGAAUCGAACAAGGUUUGGUAUACAACAUCGAGCACCCUUUUUACAUUAUUGGUACUUUAUGAUGUUGACGUCUAUGACUAGAGCGUUAACAUCCUAUAUCCUUCGUACUCUCAAGUUGAUUUUUAGAUAUCCACUAUUUAGUUUAAGAGUGGAUCGAAAUGCGGAAACUUGGAGUGUGCGUCGUGGUGAUGGAGGAUUUACUGCUUAUUGUGGCAUGCUUCUUGCAGAACAUACGUACAAUAAUCCUAUAGUCCUUGUAUUUAUUGAAUGUCUUUUGAGUUCCAACAACUACCAUCCUUUAUAUAUUUUACCAGAUAAGAAUUAUAGCCAAAAGCAACCUAGCCAACGCCUCUGUAGAAAACAUAAUAAAAAGCAACAAUCAACAAAACAAAAAGAAUCAAAUAUAGUUGUUAUCAUUGAUGAUAAUGAAAAGUUUGUACUAGAUGAUGUUAAAUUAAGAAAAAGAAGAGCUAUAACAAGAUGGUUUCUUGCCUACACUUUAAUUCGAAAUCCAGGGCUACGUCAAUAUCGUAGAAGAGAAUUUAUACUAUCCAAUAAAACAGAAUAA